UGUAUUUCUGCUAUAUGCUAUAGUAACUUACUUUUGUUUUUUGCUCUGUUUUGACACCUAUAAAUUCCCCCCCUUCUUCAUUGAAAUACCCCUUAUUUAUUCUAUUGACACAUCAGGAAAAAAAGGGUUUUUAAGCUUUUCUUGAAAAGACUGUAAAAUAAGAAAAAAAAUGUAUGCAGAGACAGGGUUAAUGUUUCCUUAUUUUCAGAGUUUCCCAUCAGAAGUUCAACAACUUGAAGAUUUUUGUUGCUCUCAAGAACCAAAUGUCUCAAUGGGAUUGAACAUAUCAGAAUAUGAUCUUGGGGGAGAAGGGGAUCUCUUUAAAGCUCCACAACCAAUUAUUGAAGAACCACUGAUGGGCCUUGAUCCUAUGACUGCUGCUAUUUCUAUGAUUUCUUGUUCAGAAGAUGCCAUCUCCCCACAGGGACUCCAAGUUUCGGAUCUAGAAACUUCUUUUGAGAAUGAACAGCUCCUCAGUGAAGUUUUUUAUGAAUGCAAAAACGAUCUAUUUGGAAAAGAUGCAUUUGAUAUGCCGCUCUCUGAAGUCUUGGACAUGAAAAUUCCUAUUGUGAAGGCCGAUGAAAACUUGGAUUCUGAGGGAUCUUUCCAGAAAAGUAUUAGUUCAGGGUGUCUAAGCUCCAUGGACUGGAUGCAUGGACCUCCAAUGAGACCAAAUUUUAUAGAUUUUGGUGGAAUGGACUUCGGAGCUGCUUAUGGUAUGCGAAGAGCAUUCAGUGAAGGAGAUAUAAAGACUCUGGGUAAUGGCAACAUAAAUCUGAUCCAUUCUCCACGGGGUCAACCACAGACUGUCGGAAGUUCCACUUCUGAAACCCUUCGCAAGGAACAGCUCUCCAGAUACCGGAACAAGAAGAAUAAAAGGAAUUUUGGCAGAAAAAUCAAGUAUGCUUGCAGAAAGGCAUUGGCUGAUAGCCAACCAAGGAUCCGUGGAAGGUUCGCCAAGACCGAAGAAAUUGACACAUCGAAGAAGCAUUAACUGAUUAACUGUCUAUGAGUUGGGAGAAUUAAAUAGUAAGGUAGUAAUGGGGGGAAAAGUGUUCACUGGUUAUAUUAGAUGCUGAUAUAAAUAGCAAAUGGAAGCUAGCUAGCUUUAGAUAGGAUCUGCUUAAAUAAGCUGGGGGAUCCAUCCGACAUCUUUGCAAGUUUGUUAAAUCUUUGGGUAGCGGCAAUAAUCUUUGUAGAUGAGACAAACCGACUAGUGUUGUAUAUAGUGUUUGUUAAAUAAAACCUUGUUAUUAAUGCUGCC